UAAAAAUUAUAAAAGUGACCCCCUACUACUAUAAUGAACUCCUAUUAUUUAUUUAUAUAUAUAAUUUUCCAUUGGGUUAAAACAAAGCAAAACAGUGCAAAUUUUGUAGUGAUCAUAUCACAAAAAUGGCUGUAGAGAACAAACAAGUGUUACUUAAAGGGUACAUAGAAACAAUGCCAAAAGAAACAGACAUGGAAGUGAAAGUGAGUGAAAUAAUGAUAACUAAUCACAACCCACCAAAAGGGUCUUCAUCCAUUCUUGUUAAGAAUCUUUAUCUCUCUUGUGAUCCUUACAUGAAAGCUCGAAUGCAAUAUUAUCGUCGUUCUUAUAUUCCAUCUUUCGUUCCUGGUCAGCCAAUUGAAGGUUUUGGUGUGUCCCAAGUUGUGAACUCUGAUCACCCAGAUUUCAAGGCUGGUGAUUAUGUGGCUGGGAUGACUGGAUGGGAAGAAUACACCUUAAUUUCUCCAAAUCAUAUCCAACAACUCAGAAAAAUUGAUUUGGAUAAUGAUAUUCCUCUUUCAUACCAUUUGGGUGUUCUUGGAAUGCCUGGUUUUACAGCUUAUGUGGGAUUUUUUGAGGUGUGCUCCCCAAAGAAAGGAGAAAAUGUUUUUGUUUCAACAGCUUCUGGUGCUGUUGGUCAACUUGUUGGCCAACUUGCUAAGUUACAUGGUUGUUAUGUGGUUGGAACUGCUGGUUCAAAUGACAAAGUUGAUCUAUUGAAGAAUAAGUUUGGGUUUGAUGAUGCUUUUAACUACAAGGAUGAGCCAAACUUAGUUGCUGCUUUGAAGAGGUACUUUCCACAAGGCAUCGAUAUCUACUUCGACAAUGUGGGAGGAGAAAUGCUUGAUGCAGCACUCCGAAACAUGAGAAAUUUCGGUAGAAUUGCUGCAUGUGGAAUAUUGUCAUUGAAAAAUCUUAGUGAUCCUCAAUCAUUUUACCACCUCAACAAUGUAAUAGUAAAGCGUCUCAAGAUACAAGGAUUUAUCCAAAGUGAUUACUUACACUUAUUCCCAACUUUCCUUGAACAUGUUACUACUCUCUACAAGGAUGGAAAACUUGUGUAUGUUGAAGACAUAAAAGAAGGGUUGGAAAAUGCUCCAUCGGCUCUUGUUGGCAUAUUUUCUGGUAAAAAUAUUGGCAAGCAAGUCAUUCGUGUAGUGUAGCAGCCUAAUGUUGCUUUUCAUUGGCCUAUAUAUUUAUAUCUACUACUAUCUAUACCAACAUGAAUAAGUUCUUUGUUUUACUAAUGAAUAAAAAAGGUUGACAUUAUUAAUAUUA